AUGACCCUCUACACGGUUCCUGUCAUUGGCCUCAUACUCACUCUCCCUGGUUUGGAAGGUCUUGUUCUGACCCAGGAGAAAUUCAUGUCUGCGAAUGUGGGUCAGAAUGUGAAAUUUCUCUGCUCUCCUAGUACUAGCUCUUGGAGUAUAACAUGGUACCAGCAGAAACCUGGAGAGGCUCCAAAGUUUUUACUUAGGGACAGCACAAGAGCAAGUGGUUUGCCCAGUCGAUUCACUUAUUCUGAAUCUGGAAGUCUGGAGUAUUUACACAUUAAUGGGAUGCAAGCUGAAGAUGAGGGAGUCUAUUACUGUGCUUGUCAUAACUGUGAGGGCUCUGGCUACAUCGGUGGAGGCACCAAACUGAGUAUUGCUCGUUCUCCAUCUCCUCCACAGCUGGUUCUGUUGGCUCCAUCUCACUCUGCUCUCUCUGGAGAACAAGCCUCUGUGGUCUGUCUGGCUAAAGACUUCCACCCUGAUCAGGUCACUUUCUCCUGGCUGGAGGAUGGCAGCGCUAUGGCGGAUUCAGAGUUCCAGACGGCCGAGUCUCUACAUCAGUCUGAUGGAACAUUCUCCCAGAGCAGUGUCCUGAAAGUCAGCUCAGAACGCUGGAGAUCUGGACACACCUACACCUGUCAACUGAGUCACUCAGCCCUGUCCACCCCACUGAGCAAAAGUGUGGGACAGGGACAAUGCAGCAGCUAG